AUGGAUCUCCGUCACAGCCCGCCUCGGAAGAGACUCAAGUCUUUCCAUGCUGUUUCUCAGGACAUCGCCCAGUUCGCGCAUCCAGGGCAUGCGGAAACUGUCCCAAUGGAUAUCGAUCGCCCAGGAGAUGCGGCUCAAGAUUCCCCUACUUUUUUGUAUUCUUCUGGCGUCAAUACAGCAAACGCGGAUAUUCUACAUCACCAAGAUAGUCGUAUCUCGCCCGAGGAACGCAGGGUCGAAACCUACACUCGCUCGAUCAUGCCGGCUCCAAACACCAAAGACACUACCACAAAGGGCUUAAUCCCUUACCGCAUGCCCAAGUUGUGCGAUGACGAUCUUGAUCGCUAUAUAAAGGGAUUGGAAAAAGGCACAAAUCAACCGCCCUUUGCUCGAACUGCCUCGAAAACCCUUUUUGUGUUCUAUUGCAACGUGUCCGUUGAUGAAUUGGCAUUAUAUUGUGCCACGUUCUUCUCCCUCAACAAAUCACAAAUGCCACGGAUACACGCAAGAGCUGUUAUGCUAUUGGUGGAAGAGAGUGAUAUCAGUUCAAGUUCACUCAACACCUGGGAGAUGAUUGACUAUGCUCACGAUAAGAUGGAGCUGGAGAUACACAUGCAUCUUCCCUGGAGAGACUUCAUCGGACUUGCAGAGGCAACGGCUCCUUUGCGAGAUGCCGGCUUCCAAUUGUCGGUUACUUUUAACGAGGAGGAGUGGUCGGACAUACCUUCGCAGUAUCGAGACUUUCACAAGGCACUGGCAACCAAAGCUAUUACUGGGGUUGAGCUGGACGCCGCCAAUCUUCGUUUCCAGCAGGACAUGCCAGAGUUUAUUGCUGAUCAGUUGACUGCUUACGGUACCCGUGGAUUUCGUCCCAACAAAAGGCGAUGGCAUUCUUCUCUUGCUAAUAUAUCCUAA